GAGAAACAGGCGCUUUUUGUCGCACGUCUCGGUGUAUCCAAGUAAUCGUCGUGAUCGUAUACGAAGGCUCCCUGCACUCUUGGCUGUCGGAACCGAUUUAUAAGUGUCAUGACACCAGCACCAGGAAGUCGGAAAUUGGAGCUGUGCGCUCUUAUUUUUGUGGCCGCGUUUGCCCUCAGUCAAGAGGAACUUCUAGAACGAAAGCCAGAACUGGCGCAGUAUCAAGAUGCAUGGAAGGCGUUAAAAGUACCCGGAAGGUAUUACCUAUUCAUGCGGUCCUACGAGAAGGAGCCCUUCUACAAACACAAGAAAUGCGUUUUCAACGAACUGGUAUCUGUUAACGAAGAGGAGCAGUACACCGUGAAUAUUAUUGGAGCCACCGAUCCUAAUGACGGGACGCAGAGCAAUCAGACAGCCUAUGCCUGGGUUCGAGCUUCCGAAGGUUAUCCUCUUCCCAAUGUGAUCCAGUCAUCUUUCACGCUUGACAGGAAACGCAUUGUAGAGUUCCCAGUUGCUUUCACGGAGUACAACAACUGCGAAAUCUUGAGAGUACCACACCGCAAAAAUGGCUGUGAACUGUGGGUCAAAGCUGGUCAAGAGAACAAGAUUGAAUCACUCUGCUUUUUUGCAUUUCAUUUGCUUUGCGGGCCGUCAAGGUACGUUGUGUAUGACCCAUAUCUGUGCAAUGGGAAAUAAAAAGUUCACUGUCACAUUGAGGUGAGUUCUGCGUGAUAAGCGAUUGUCUAAUGUCGUCGUUGUGGAAUAAAAUAUUGAUUGUGUUG